UAGUACAGAUGAAAAUGCAAAGUUCAGAUAAACCCAUUUUAGAAAGUUUGAAUUUGUUCUACCAUGAAUCUGAAGUGACAGGUCGAGGAGAAUCUCCAACACAAAGUUCUAAAGAGGUUCAGUGUUUGUUUUGUCCAGACAAAUUCAAUAUCAGCAGUCAGAAAGAGGAUCUUCUGAAGCAUCUAGCUGUGGAACACAAGUUCGUCAUCGGAGACGUCAACCUUAUUACUGAUCUAAAAAAAUAUCUCACCUACUGGAGGCAACGAUUUUUAGAAGAGGAUGUUACAAAUUUUUGCUCUGUUAUAACUACCAGCACCAAGCAAGAUGUGAAAGAUUCAAAUGAACAGUAUUACUUGUUGUGUGAUGUCCUUGCUGAAGAUAAAACACUUAGAGAAUUUUUACAGAAAAAGAAACUAGAAAAAGUUUUAGCUCAGCAACAAAAGGAAAGAGAAGAUGAAAACUUCUGUAGAACCUGUCUGUUCUGUAGAGAUCAAUUUACAGGUAACAGGGCAGAAAUGUUUGAUCACAUGACCCAUGAUCAUGGAUUCAGUGUUGGACUUCCAGAUAAUCUGGUCUACACAGAUGAACUCCUUGAUCACCUACAAGAAAAGCUAGAAAAUUUACAAUGUUUAUACUGUGAGCGAAUAUUCAAAGACAAAACAGUAUUAAAGGAACACAUGAGGAAAAAACAGCAUAAAAAGAUUAACCCCAAAAACAGACAGUAUGACAAGUUCUACAUCAUUAACUACCUGGAAAUGGGGAGGAGCUGGGAGGUAAUCCAGGCAGAACCAGAUGAGGAGGGAGGUGAGGAGGAGGAGACAGAAACAGAUAAUGAUGAAAGCUGGGGAGACUGGGAAGAAGUGGGGUCACAGGCAGUGUGUCUCUUCUGUGAUUUCUCGUCUUGUGUGGCUGACAAACUCACAGAUCAUAUGCAGGAACUACAUGACUUUGAUCUGAAGGAGGUGAAACUGCGACUUAACUUGAACUUUUACCAACAGAUCAAGUUAAUCAACUUUAUGAGACGACAGGUCUAUUUAGGGAACUGUUAUGGCUGUGGAGAGAAGUUUGCAGACAAGAGAGAAUUGAUGGAACAUAUGCACACUCAACAACAUGUGGACAGGUUUCCUGAUACAGCUAUUUGGGACCAACCUCAGUAUUUUUUCCCAACUUAUGAGAAUGACAAUUUACUAUGUCAGCUAGAGGAUGAUGAAGACUCAGGCGAGGGGGCAGGUGGAAGAAAUCAGGUGAUCGCCGAGGAUCUUCCCCCUAUCACUACUAUACUGACACAGGAAAGUGUCCGGAGGGAUAUUCUAUCCUGAUCAGGACAGUUUAAAACAGGGAAAUUUUA